UAAACACCUUCUAUCCACUCUCACACAAAACUCGUUUAUCCUUCUUCUCAACGUCUCUUUACUUAGCUCUUAUCUAAUCUUCUCAAUCUCUCUUCUUCUUAAUUUGUUGAAAAUUUCUUCUAGUUUUUUUGAUAACCAUGGGAAGUGAAGCUUUGGAGUUUUUUGCUUGUGAUAAUACUUUUCGCUAUGAACCAAAACGCAUAACUAUGGAGGAGAGUGAUGAUCUUCCCAUUAAUGAUGGUUCUUGGUUUGAAGAAGAGAUUGAUGUUGAUCUCAAAUGGUCUUUUGCUUUGAACAGUGUGCUGCACAAAGGAACAAGCGAGUACCAAGAUAUCGCCCUUUUGGACACCAAGCAUUUUGGGAAGGUAUUGGUGAUAGAUGGGAAGAUGCAGAGUGCAGAAGUGGAUGAAUUUAUAUAUCAUGAAUGCUUAAUUCAUCCAGCUCUCUUAUGUCACCCUAACCCAAAAAAUGUGUUUAUAAUGGGAGGUGGUGAAGGAUCUGCAGCAAGGGAAGCUCUCAGACAUAAAUCUAUGGAGAAAGUUGUCAUGUGUGACAUUGAUCAGGAGGUUGUGGAUUUCUGCAGGAAGCAUCUAACAGCAAACCAUGAGGCUUUUCGCAACAAGAAGCUUAACUUGAUCAUUAACGAUGCCAAAGCUGAGCUAGAGCAGAGGCAAGAAAAGUUUGAUAUAAUAGUUGGAGAUUUAGCUGAUCCAGUUGAAGGAGGACCUUGUUACCAACUCUACACCAAAUCUUUCUAUGAAAAUAUCCUUAAACCUAAGCUCAACGACAAUGGCAUCUUCGUUACUCAGGCUGGACCAGCAGGGGUUUUCACACACAAGGAAGUUUUCUCAUCCAUUUACAACACAAUCAAGCAGGUCUUUAAAUAUGUGCUGGCAUAUACAGCUCAUGUACCCUCUUUUGCUGAUACAUGGGGAUGGGUUAUGGCUUCUGACCAACCAUUCUGUCUUGAUGCUGGAAAACUGGACAAGAAAAUAGCUGAAAGAAUUGAAGGGGAACUGCUAUAUCUUAAUGGUGCUUCUUUCUUCUCUUCCACCAUCUUGAAUAAGACCGUUGCCAAAACGCUGAAGAAUGAGACUCAUGUGUACACUGAAGAUGAUGCAAGGUUCAUUCAUGGACAUGGAGUGGCAUUCAGAAAUUGAGGAAGCAAAGUCUUUUGGUGGGGGAACUGUACAGUCAAGUGUUUGGAAACAAAGAAAUAUGAAGUAGGGGGGUGUUGAAACAUUGAGAGUUCUCUCAAAGAAAGUUGUUAUUUAGUAGCUUUUGGUUUGGUCAGCAAAAUAGGCUUAGGCUUCUUCUGGUUGUCCUAUGACUAUACAUUUACUAUUUUAUCUACUGCUCAGAAAUGAAAAACAAAAAAAGACCAUUUCCUAUCACA